UUCUGUACCUGUCGAUAUGGAAAGCCAACUCCUACACGCACAUAUGUCACCCGUUAUUUGAACACGAGCCAGUCACAAAAGGUUUCCACUAGUCUGACAGUGAUUACACUCAACAUAUACCAUCGGCGGAUAGUUGGUGCUGUUAGAGUCACUGAACACUAAGACUAAUAGUUAUUAUUUUAUUAUUUUUUUCUUCUUCUUUAAAAAACAAAACAAUUUAAACUGUUUUGAACUUCAUCAAACAUGGACAACAAAGAGAGGAGUACGAUGACAGAGUUCUGGAAGGAGCACAGCCGCCAGGCCACGGUUGAGGAAAUGAUGUUGGACUCUCAUGCCCAGGAGCUGACCCAGCACGAACUGCCUGAGAUCCUCUCCCUGCUGCCCAGCCUUUCCGGCCGGAGGGUCCUGGAGCUGGGCGCCGGCAUCGGUAGGUACACCAGCCACCUGUUGACCCAGGCCAGUCACGUGACAGCGGUCGACUUCAUGGAGAGCUUCGUGGAGAAGAACAGACAGGUCAACAGUCACCAUGGCAACGCCUCCUUCCUCCAGGCAGACGUCACCAAGCUGGACUUCCCCAAAAACAGUUUUGACCUCAUCUUCUCCAACUGGCUACUGAUGUAUCUGAGUGACGAGGAGCUGACGUCACUAACAGAGAGGAUUCUGGGAUGGCUCUGCCCCGGAGGAUACCUGUUCUUCAGGGAAUCCUGCAACUACCAAUCAGGUGACUGUAAGAGGACAUUUAACCCUACACACUACAGAUCGUCGGCCCACUACAGUCACUUGAUGACAACAACACUGCGGGAGGAGUCAGAGGGGGCGGAGAAGCAGGUGUUUGGCUUUGACAUCGUGCUCAGUAAAACCGUGCAGACAUACAUCAAGAUGAAGAACAACCAGAACCAGGUGUGUUGGCUGUUGGAGAAGGUGGGUCGGGACACCGCCUGUCAAGCGGGCUUCAGAACCUUCCAGCAGUUCCUGGACAACCAGCAGUACACACGCAAAGGCAUCCUGCGAUACGAGAAGAUGUUUGGGGCAGGAUACAUCAGCACUGGGGGACACAGCACUACCAAGGAGUUUGUUAACCUGCUGAACUUGAAGCCUGGGAUGAAGGUGCUGGAUGUGGGGUGUGGCAUCGGUGGAGGAAACUUCUACAUGGCAAAGACCUUCGGCGUGGAGGUGCUGGGCCUGGACCUGUCAGCCAACAUGGUGGAUAUCGCCAUAGAGAGGGCCAUGGACGAGAAGCUUCCAUCGGUCCAUUUCGAGGUGGCCGACGCCACUAAGAGAGAGUUCCCAGAAGCGUCGUUUGAUGUGGUCUACAGUCGAGACACCAUCCUGCACAUCGACGACAAACUGGCAAUGUUCAAACGCUUCCACUCGUGGUUGAAGCCCGGUGGCCAGGUUCUGAUCACUGACUACUGCUGUGGAGAGAAGCCCUGGACUCCUCAGUUCCAGGAGUAUGUCAAACAGAGAGGUUACAUUCUCUACACCCCACCAGAAUACGGCAAGUUCCUCCAGCAGGCAGGUUUCUCUAACGUACGUGCUGAGGACAGGACAGCUCAGUUCACGCAGGUGAUCCAGACAGAGCUGGAGAGAGCAGGGGCCAUGGAAGACGAGUUCAUUAAGGAGUUCUCAGAGGAAGACUACCUGGCCAUUGUCAACGGCUGGAGAGACAAACUAAAACGCUGCAGAACUGGAGACCAACGGUGGGGCCUAUUUCACGCAACAAGGAACUGAGAGAGGAGACAAGAUAGAAAAAUAACCCAUUCAGGAGGGAGAGUUCAGUGCCUGGGCCCAGCCGCACUGCUUUCACAUCAACUAGAGGAGAUUACCAGGCACCGGUACGACAAAAUCUGUGAUUACAUACACUGAGGCAAUUACAGAUUGUGAAGUAAUAAUAUAAUAAUAAUAUAUGACAUUUAGCAGACGCUUUUAUCCAAAGCGACUUACAGUCAUGUGUGCAUACAAUCUACGUAUGGGUGGUCCCGGGAAUCGAACCCACUACCCUGGCGUUACAAGCACCAUGCUCUACCAACUGAGCUACAGAAGGACCACGUGAAUGUGGAGGUGAAUGUGCAUCAUUUCCCAGUCUGUACUAUCAACAUAGUUUCAUAGGUUUUUACAAAUAAAUGUUUGAAAACCUC